AUGAUAUAAUCUAAAAUUCAUUAAUUUUUAGUUCAGUUAGAUAACUAAACCUAGAAAUUUUAUUAAGUGUUAUCAUUUUAUGUAAUGAUAAUUUGAUUAAUUAGGAAUAAGCAUAUAUUUAAAAUACUGAAACUUUGGCUGGUAAGAGAACAAAGAAUAUUACAUGGUCUCCUUAAUUAGAUAUCUCAGAAUUAAUUAAUAGUAAAUAAGUGACAGCUAUAAAAUCAACAUUACUUUCAAAUAAUACACAUAUAUGUAUUUAUGUACAAAAAUCUAUUGUGAUUGCUUCUAAUUAAAAUGUGAUAGGAUGUGAAGUACUCUUAUCAAUUUUAUAAAUUAACAAAUGUCAAGUAUAAAAUUAAUCUAUUAAUUAGAAGAAUCAAAUAGAUCGAAUUAUCUGAAUAAACAAUACAUUUAAACAAUAUCUAAUUCAUAACAAAAUCUUAAACUUUUGAAUGAGUUAUUAGUCAUCAACCAAGAACUAUUUUCAAAUUUCCAUAGAUUACCUACUUUUGAACUAGACUUUCUAAUUAAAUUUUUACAUCUUUAACAUUAAACUUAAAAAUACUAUGUAUUUUACUAAUAUAGAUUAGUUAUUCCAAAUUAGGAUUUUGAUGAAAAAGUUAAAAUUUUAAUUAUUCCAACUAUGAAUUUUAUUUCUCGUGGAUCAACAUAAGAUGAUCAUUGUAAUAACAUAAAUCAAGAGUUAUAUCAUUUAUCAGAAAUGACUAAAGAUGUAUUUUAUAAUCCUUCUGAUAAAAUUAAACAAUUUAGAGAAAGAGUUAGAAAAAGCAAUAAAAAAGCCAAGAAACCAUUGAUACCUAUAUAACCUUAAUAUUCAAUAACAAAAUAAAACCCAUUAUUAAAAAUAUAACCUAUUGUUAGACCUUAAGAAUUUAGUUUUCAUGAGACAUCAAAUACAAAACCUCGCAGGAAUAAAAUAUUUAAUAGUCUAAAUUUUCCUUAAACAAAAAAAUUGCUAAAGUUAUGA